AUGUUGUUAGGUCUCACAAUAGAGAAAAUAAACGACACCGGAGGAUUCUUUGACCAAUAUCCAUUUAUCUGGAAAGACUUCAUGAAGGCCGGCUACAUGACUUUUAUUGGUGAAGACGAUUCGUCUAUUUCUACCUUUAAGUAUUUGGCUCACGGUUUCAAAUGGGCCCCGGUGGACUACUAUCUGCGACCGUUUAUGUUGGGACUGGAGACAACAAACGGAGGAUAUAAACUUUGCUCUGGGAAUGUUCUGGUGUUACAAACAAUAUUUGAUAAAUUAUCAGAUUUUAUCACAACAUAUCAUGACGUCCCUAAGUUUACGUUUUCCUUUAUAAGUAAACCGUCUCAUGACGACCAUAACGGCCUAGGCAUAGUCGAUCUCCCUCUGGUACGGACGCUGAAGGAUCUCAACUCACGUGGUCUUCUUGACAACACCGUACUAAUUGUAUUUGGUGACCAUGGCAAUAGAUAUGGUCCAGUCAGGAAUACAUAUCAGGGUCGAUUAGAGGAAAAUUUACCUGCGUUUUAUGUUUCUGUUCCGCGUUGGUUUCGUAAAGAACAAAGUGAUUUGUACGAAAACCUGAAAUUGAAUAGAAACAAAUUAACCAGUAAUGUCGAUAUUUAUGCUACACUCCAAGAUAUAAUACAACUUGGACAAGGUAUCAUGUCUCCGCGGAUCACAGGAAAAUAUGGAACCAGUCUUCUUAGGACCAUUAGCACCAAUAGGACAUGUGACGAUUUGAAAAUACCAAAUCAAUUCUGUGUAUGCCAGGCUUUUUUCCAUGCGUAUUCAACUGAAUCAAAAAUUGUUCGUGACAUAUCACAAUGGAUUGUCAAAGAAAUCAAUACCAUUCUUACCAACGUGUCUCAUGUUUGCUCAGAUUUGACCUUGAAUGAAAUCAGCCAUGCCUGGAGAUCUGAUAACAGUAGUAACAUCACAGGAAACUCGACUUCCGACGGAGAUUACGUCAUACAAUUUAGUGUUCUUCCCAGUCAUGCCAAAUUUGAGGUUACUAUUCGGUGUUAUCGACAGAAAUUUACUCUUAUUGGCGACAUUUUACGUACAAAUGAAUUUAGAGGAGAGUCUUAUUGUGUUGCCAGUCACAAGAAUGUCGUAGUUUUGGAGAGAUAUUGUUAUUGUCGUAAACAAUCAUUUAUUUCUGCGAAGCUGGCUCAUAGCGCAACAAACAAAACAGUCCGGAUUGCUUACUGA